CAACUAUGGCUCGACAUUCAUUCCAAGCCGCUGUAUCACUAGUCGGCGCGGUACACGCGAGCUGUGAACCUCCCCCAGACUGUCUCAGCAAUCGUCAUCGAAGAUUAAUCAGUGGAAUGAUGAACUGUCGCCAGACAAGUUCACACUAACUGCGUUAAUACCCAUUUAAAAUUUUUUAAAAAUCAUUGAACUUGAUUAAUCUCCAAUUAAUCCCCAAUUAAUCUCCAGUGCAAUAAAAUUAGUGACCAAUAAAAUUAAAUCCACAAGUUAAUUUGAAUAUGAGAGAUAAGAUGAGCUUUUUAAAUCGUGAUUGAUCAUCUUUUUUUCCUUCUGAUCUUCUGUUUUCUUUGAAAAAAAAAAAUGAGCUUUCUGGAGAGACAUGAAGACAGGGCUCUGAGGUAAUGAGAAUUCGAUGAGCGUUUCCAUGAGCUUAUCAAGAGCCAACGACUGCUCGAAAGAAAAAAAAACUGUAAAUGGUGAUUUUUUUUAACUCAAAGAGACGUCAUAAAUUUUAAUCCAAACCCAUUCGAAGGAAUUUCUUCAGAGGAAAAUCGAAAUCAAGUGGACGAUUAACAUUUUAAUCAGUCGGUCUUCGGAACCGGUGAGACGGGUCGAAAGUGGAUGAAAUCAAAGUGGUUUAAUUGAACAAUUAGUGGAUGUCAUGAAUUUGUUGUUUGGAGGACAUUGAAGUGGAUUAGCCUAGCGUGGCAUGACGGCAGUUUCCAUUACACUGGAGGACUCAAUUUCUGGAAGGAAAUUGGAUGACAGCGAUGUUAAAGGAGCUGCCCCAUCUCGCUGACUAAACCAGUCACCAUUCGCCGGGCAUCAACCUACCUCAUCAGGACUCCAAUCUGAUGCCAUCGUCACCAGCCACCGAAGUCCCACCAACAAAACCAAAAAUCCCCUGACGUCAGAACUCCCCCUCCCCCCCCCUCAUGUGCCAUCAGACACUAAAGGAUUGACCGCUCGUGACGACCAAUAAAUGACUCUCUUCCACCCGAACCAUUCACUCUAACCAUGAACUACACAUACGCAGACUUGGACACCUUAUCAAGCGACGACUGGUUGAACUUGACCUAUGACAACAUGACCCAGUUGACGAAUGCAUCAAUUAAAAAUUUAGUCAGCCUCGACCCGGUCCCAACACUCACCCAAUACGACUUCAUAAAGGCCCUGAUUCUCAUUAUUUUUGGCGUCGUCAGUGUGAUAGCGAAUUCAUUCACGAUAUGGUCGAUAGCGAGAAAUCGACGACAGCAUCACGGCUACUCAGCUGUCUACACCCUGAUCAUGCACUUAUCCGUCGCUGAUCUGUUCGUUUCGGUCUUCUGCCUCAUGGGAGACGGCAUCUGGAUCUACACCGUCAAUUGGCCUUGGGGAGAGCCCGCCUGUAAAAUCUUCAAGUAUCUGCAGCUGUUCAGUCUGUGCCUGAGUACCUUUGUGCUGGUACUCAUUGGAAUCGACAGAUUCAUCGCCGUUCGAUAUCCGAUGAAGAGCCUCAACACCGCCAAACGCUGCAAUCGACUGGUGUUGAUUACGUGGAUUCUGGCUGCGGUGUGCAGUAUUCCUCAGCCAAUAGUUUUCCGUGUGGCACCUGGACCAUUUGACGGGGAAUUCCUGCAAUGUGUCACGCAUGGAUCCUACACGGAACCCUGGCAGGAGCAGCUCUACACAACAAUGACCUUAGUCGUCAUGUUUCUCCUGCCUCUUGCAAUAUUAAUUUCCACCUACGUAUCAACAGUCAUCACAAUUGCACGUAGUCAGAAGACUUUUAAGGGUGUGGUUCAUAAUAAUGCCACAAAUCAACUCACUGGGGAUGUGAACAGGGAAAGACUUAUGCAUCGGGCUAAGAGCAAAUCCCUGCGAAUAAGCAUUGUCAUUGUUGCUGCAUUUGUCAUAUGGUGGACGCCCUACUACUGCAUGAUGAUUAUAUUCAUCUUCCUCAAUCCUGAUCAAACCCUGAGUGCUGAGCUGCCGAAAGGGAUAUUCUUCUUCGGGAUGUCCAAUAGCCUGGUUAACCCACUCAUCUACGGAGCUUUCCACCUGUGGCCGAAGAGACGACGACCGAGACGUAGACAAAGAGACGGCUCAACCAUGCAGCACCAGAGUACGACAACCCACGCAAGUUUUAUGGCUGCCACACGAGGGGGUAGUACACGUGUCACGCGAACCAACCCCCCAAGAUGGGUCGAGACCAACAUGCAAGGAAACUCUCAUGCAGCUGAUCAAGCAGUGUUACUGAACAACACCGAUGGCCAGAGCCAUAAUGACGACAAAACUGGCAACAGAACAGCCAAACUCAUACUAGAGUACAACGUCCUGAAGAAUGAAUUCGGGAAAAAAGUGAUUGAUCGUCGUUGAUCGGCGUCAGUGCCAGUGACAUGUGCUGACUAUUUUUUUACGUCCAAAGAAUCUGGUGAAUCGAGUCACUGGGAGGACUGGUCCAUCCAUCUUUAUUCACUGUGACAGUAUCAGACUCAAUCUUUGAUCCAUCCACAAUUCAAAUCUACCUCAGCUUUGGUUUAUAGGUUUUUUUAAUUUUAAUAGGGCACUACACUUUUGAAAAUUUUUUUUAAAAUAUUCACCCCCAAUCAGAACUUGAAAGGUGCGUAAAUAAUUAUCUAUAUAAUGUCAUAAAAAUUAAUAACAAGAUAUUUCCUGGUAAAUUUAUUGAUAGUUGGAAAGCGUUUCGAUAAAAUUCUGUCAGUUAUGCUCAGACUAAUCUCAGGUGCCUCUGAAUAUCUUGACCGAAUCGAUAAUUUCACUCAGGAGGGUAUCGAUAUUUAUUUCCACCGAUAACAUCAUGUCAAAGUAGUGAACUAUCAGCUGUUAAAUUUUCAUAUUACGAUAAACGAUUUGCACACAUUUAAAUUGCUCACUGAAUAAGGAUGUGAGCUUCCAACGUUAAUUUUCAACUGUGUAGUUCCCGAGUUAAUUGAGAGUCUACAUGUACCUACAUCGAGAUCUUCUCCUGCGCGUAUGAUAAAAUGAAAGGGAAAACGUAUUAAUUUUUCCGAGAAAUUCACAUAGAAUUCUCUGAAAGUUCUGUGUUCCCUGUGUUUAUUCUAUUAUAAUGAUAAUCAAUUUUUUAUCAUGAUUUUUAAUCAGCCAGUCCACCAGAAUUAAUUCGGAAAUGAUAGGGAGGUAAUAUACAGAUGCGGGGUAAAAUGGGCAUAAAAAUGUUUCUGUUUGUAAUCUUUUGUUUGUCAAUUCCCCAAUUUUUCGUGGAAUUUCCCGAAUGUCAAAAACGUAAAUAACGCAAAAAGCUCGCUAAUGAUUAUGGACAUGUGCGACUGGGCUUUAAAGUUCUACUGGGAUGUGCUUCAACAGUGCUUUUAUACUAAAUCCAUUAGGUGGUCAAAUAAUUUAAAAAAAUUUUUUUACGUCCACACAUUUUAUAUUUAAUGUGAUAAUCAUUAAAGCUUUUAACAACACGUUUAUCGCUUUCGAUAGUUAUUCUUAAAUCUGGGGAGAACAUGAAACAUUUUUAUUGUCACUAUAUCAUAUUAAACAAAAAGUGCCCAUAUUACCCCACCUUUCCAUGUGGCUGUCACUGAAAAAUUAUUAUAACAAAAUAUAUUUGGUAGAAAAAAAAAAAAGGAAAAAAUGUCCCACACGUUCAAAACGUGUUGUACCAACUCAACUGAAAAAAAUUGUCUUUCGCAAUUUUUUUCAUGGACUAAUUAUGCUAUGGGGUAGUUUUCCCUUGGGUUAUUCUUCCAUGAACUAUCUCUUCAGGAACUCAUUCAUUUUCGUGUUGUAAAAUCCAAUCAUACGCGCUCGUAAUCUCUAAAAAGUGAAAACCAAUUUUCAUUUUAUACAAAUUCCUCGACUAUCUAUAAGUCUCCUGAUGUAUCUACCAAUUAAGAUUAAUUAAGUGAAUUAGUCUGCAGUAUUAGAGGGUUCGUAGUUGAUCUUUGAUAUUUAUGCGCCUUCGGCAGUUUAUUCAGUUGUCGAUUGCCUCGGGUAUUCCAUUAAAUACUUUCCCCAAUCGAGGCCCCAUUUGUUUAUCCACCGUAAAUACCUGAAAUUAUGCGGCAUUGAGUGAUCCUAAAUGUCGACAGGUGCAGGUAUUUUCGUUGAUCCCUGCCAACAUUAUUUGCGGAAAGUUUGGGUUGACGAGGUGAACUUCCACUUCAUAAUUACGGAGUAAUGUACGGGCAAAACUUACUGAUGAUUAAUGGAACUGUGAUUAUUGUUCGGUAAAGGCUGAAGUCACAUCAAAGAUAUGAUUUUGUGUGAUAAGUCGACAUUUAUCAUUCGGAGAAAUAAUUCAUAAUUUGUAUCCUUAAAUAUAAAUGUCAUCAGUUGCACUUACGAAAAAGCCCCCGGAUUUUAUUUUUAUAUAUAUUGUUUUUAAAAUUUAUUUUUAUACAAAUUUCUUCCGGAGUUUUCGGUUUAAUUAAAGUUAAAUUAAUUUUUUCUUUCUCUGCACUGAUUUUCAUUUAUUAUAUUUUAUUCAAUGGACCAAAUGAUAGAAUAAGUUUAAUAAUAUAAUUUUCUUCAAUAUUCAGACCUUAAUCAGUGGAAUGUAUAUUUUAUUCUCCCAAAGCCUCAAGGUUUUCCCGGAAAGAAUUAAUAAUUCAAGAGAAUUCCAGUGGAAAAAUUUAUUGAAUUCCAAUUGAACUUUCCAUUACUUCUAACAUUGAAUUGAGAUAUUUUCUAUAAAAAUUCGUCAGCUCAAAUCUUUCAAUUUUUGGUCCGAACUUUGUUAAUAAAAUUAAAACCAAACGCAAUAAAAAAAGAUAAUAAAUUCAUAUGAAGCAAUUUUCACAGAAAAUGUCUAAAUAAAAAAAAUUUGUUUGUAAAGUGAGAAUUUCUUCGGUUGAAAUGAAAUUCCUGGGAAAACCCAAACAACAAAUAUUUCUUUUCCAGAUAUUAUUCCGCGCCAUUACAUUUCUACGGAUGAGGAUCUGGAGUAAAAUAAAGGGAUAAAUGUAUUUUAAUAAAUAAACAUUCGAUAAUAAUGAAUAACGAUCAAGAAGAUUUCUAAAU